UGCUGGAGGAGCGCGCAGAGAAAAAGCCUAGUCCGCUGGAGCGGCAGCAGCUUAACUCACACAUCUGAACAUACACAGGCAUCCACACCUACACACAGCCUCGCUCCAUCCUCACACACCUUUAUUUACAAAGGAGUUCUGCAGAUAUCGAAGAGCCUUUAUUAAGAUAACCUCAAAAACUAAAGACAGGAUGGAUGCUUCACAGCUGUUCUGUCUAUUGCUGUUCUACGGAUAUCUGCAAAAAGUGUUAUCGCUGCAGAUGUGUGACAUGGUGAACGAGAUUGAGCUGGAGAAAGAGCGCUGUGAGAAUAGCACCUUUGGGAACGUCACUUCAGGUUGUCAAGGCAUGUGGGAUAUCAUCGCCUGUUGGCCUUCAGCCAGAAUCGGAGAGGUGGUUACAAUAACCUGCCCCGAUUACUUCAGUUACUUCAGUGACAAGCACAAAGGUAACCUCUCCAAAACCUGCACAGCAGAUGGCUGGACUGAGAUGCAUCCCAUUGACAUCGCCGUGAACUGUGGAUAUAAUCUCAACAGCACCAGCGAUGAUGGCAAGUUUUUCUGGCAAGUGAAGAUUGGCUACACCAUUGGCCACAGUGUUUCCCUCGUAUCUCUUACCACAGCUAUUGUGAUCCUCUGCAUCUUCAGGAAGCUCCACUGCACAAGGAACUACAUCCACAUGCAUCUGUUUGUCUCAUUCAUCCUGAAGGCUAUUGCUGUGUUCAUCAAGGAUGUCGUCCUCUACGAGGUCGGGGAGGUGGACAACUGCUCCUCAGGCUCUGUUGGCUGCAAAGUAGUGAUUGUGUUCUUCCAGUACUGUAUUAUGGCCAGUUUCUUCUGGCUGCUGGUGGAAGGCCUUUAUCUUCACGCAUUGUUGGCUGUCUCUUUCUUCUCUGAGAGGAAGUACUUCUGGGCUUACAUUCUGAUCGGCUGGGGAGGUCCGACAAUUUUCAUCACAGCUUGGAGCAUCACUAAAGCCUACUAUAACGAUGUGGGGUGCUGGGAUAUAAUCGAAAAAACAGAUGUAUUCUGGUGGAUCAUUAAAACCCCUAUUUUGGCUUCAAUCCUGGUAAACUUUAUUCUAUUCAUCUGCAUUAUUCGAAUACUUCGUCAGAAAAUCAACUGCCCAGAUAUUGGAAGAAAUGAGUCCAAUCAGUAUUCGAGGCUGGCGAAAUCAACCCUGCUUUUGAUUCCUCUGUUUGGAAUCAAUUUUAUCGUGUUCGCAUUCAUCCCAGAACAGGUGAAGACUGAGCUACGGCUGGUUUUUGACUUGAUUCUGGGGUCAUUUCAGGGCUUUGUGGUCGCAGUUCUUUACUGCUUCCUCAAUGGAGAGGUCCAAGGAGAGAUCAAGAGGAAGUGGCGGAGGUGGCACCUGCAGAGAUACAUGGGCUCGGACACCAAAUACCAACAUCCGUCCAUCGGCAGCAGCAACAACUUCAGCACCCAGAUCACUAUGUUGACACGAUGCAGCCCAAAAACACGCCGCACUUCAUCCUCCUGUCACGACGACCUGUCUAGUAUAUGACUCUCACAAACGGUGAUACAGACAUACAUGCUGUACAAAAUACUCUCAUGCCACACAUUAGGCAGAAAAGGAAAUACGGACUCCCUUAUUAGCACAUGCACUCUUGGAGGAUGGGUUGCUAGAGUGUGAUGUAGACAAAAGGAAGUGAUGAGAAGAAAAGUUACGAGAAAAGAAGAAAAAUAGACACAAGAAAAUAGUGUGAUAUAUUUUAAGCAUCUUUUAAUCUCAGUGCUUCUUGAAAAUUGGUUUUAAAGUGCUCAAAUUAUGCUCAUUUUUAGGUUCAUGAAUGUAUUUGAGGUUGUAAGAAUAGGUUUACAUGGUUUAUAUUUUCAAAAAACACCAUAUUUUUUUGUACUGCAUAUUGCCGCAGCUCCUCUUUCCACCGUGUGUUGAACGCUCUGUUUUAACUGCGUGAGUGAGGUAAGGCAUCACAUUCCUGUUCCAUCUUUGUUGGGAGUGGCACAUGCACUCUACCUAGGUAAGGACUACCAGCCAGUCAGAAGCAGAGUAUGGUGGCAUGCCACACUUGCAGCUAUGCGAGCAUUUUAACGUGUUACAAAGUGAUGCACUUUUGUCACGGAAGCAAAGGCUGGACUACAAUAGAGCUGUUUGGAGCAGUUCAUGAACAGUGUUUUCUGUUGGAGAUAGUAAGUCUCUUUGAGGUGGACUUUGGGCUUUUAAAGGAUAUAUAACACUGAAGGAAAAGGAGAAGCCAAACAGCAUAAUAUGAGCACUUUAAGUGACAAGGAUACAGCAUUUCUUCACUAGCACCACUUUUGCACAUUUAAAUGAGAACCAUUCACUAUUUUGUAUAUGAUAAUUCAGUGCACAUGUAUGAGGAAAUUUAAGUCAUCAUUAUGGAUCACCUGGUCAAUUGUUAUUAAGUUUCCUGUGUGCUCCGACACCGGGCAACGCAAGAUGUCACAUAUUAAUGGGGUUAGGUCAAGGAAUUUAAAUGUGAACCGCUUCAGCAGCCCCGCGAUCUGAUGUAAUUAAAAAUCACUUAGUGGAUUCCUGCAGCUCCAAAUGAACAAGGCUGGUACUAAGACACAGCUAUUAGAAGAAAAGGGGCUGACAUGUUUUAAACAAGAAAUCACAUUCUUUAUUUUGUUAGUGUGUGCAGCGACAUCACAGGUAAAGAAAAGUACCAGGAAUACGCUAUGGGGGCGAGUUUGAAUAGUGAUUUAUAGUAAGUGAGUUUCAGUAGUGGUGGAAAAUAUGUUUUUAAGCAUAUUUGUUGGCAACCAAAAAAAAAUGUGACAAUUUUGUUUUCCUUAUUGUGUUGGAAAAAAUUGGCUGAUAAACGGCAGGAACUGUUUUCCAUAAAUGCCACGAAUGAGGCUUCAGACCGGGUGACCGGUGUGAUGCUGAUUCAAAACGAUGGGUUUGGAGUAUAAAUGCCCUUCUCUGCACUAUCACUCUCACAAGAGACCGAUUGCCCUUUGCCUUCUCUGUUAUCAGUACAGCCCUCCCUCUUGUUACGUGUGAUUCUGAGCCUGUGAUUUUUUUAUUUUAUUUGAGGCACUGUGGCAGUUGUGUGCCAAUCACUACAGAGUGCCUGGUGUUGGUGUUUUGAAGUGGCACUUUAAGAUCUUUACUGGCAGUCGGCUGCUCUGAAGAGGAAAUGCCCUCAAGCAGUUCUUGAAUGUUUACAUUUACUUUGGAGUCAUUUACCUUUGUACCAACAAAUAUACAGUGCAAAGAAAAUUAAUUACUAUGGAUUGUUGUGCCAUGCAUAUGCAUUGUGCCUACAAUGUUAGUAACGUAAUAACAUUGUUAUUGUUCAUGUUAUGGCAACGUGGGAUAUAAAGCCUUGCCAGGAACAUAGAAUUCUCUUUUACUAGCUUGUUAAUAUAGCAGUCUGUGGCCCAAUGAUAAGCAUAACAGCUAUAUAAACUACACUGAAAAGCGGUCCUCAGACUUGUAGAGAAUCUGUCUUGGUGCUGUUUUGGUAGAUCCUCCAUUGCGAAAAAUAUUUUCAGAAUUCUCCAUUGAGUUGUCAGGUUUAAAUUUCUCCCCUGGAGGAGUUUAAACCUGACAUGUCCAUAGCAAGGUGACAAGGGUGACUGGUCCUUUGUCGCAAUGAUGCUAUCGUUGUUCUUUUUCAGAUUAUAAGGAUAGACCUGAAAGUCACUUGCAUGUUAAUGCAAGAAGGAACAUACAGAAGGUCCAGCAAAAAAACACACAUCAUCUCAACCUGCCGCAGAUUUAAAGGGUCAGACCGUCACAGUGUAACAUGUAAAAGAACAACAUAUCCUCAUGUUGAUCUCGAAAAAUGCCUCCAUGUAGGAUGCUUUGCUGUUGACAAGAGAUUAAAGGAAUAGUACUACAUGUUAUAAUAUUAUCUUUCUGGUGAACACAAGAGAAGAUUGAUGCCACUCUCAUAUCUAGAGGGAUAUCAGUCUUAUUAAAUUCUCAGCAAGAAAGCAAAUAAGCGUUUAAAGACUCAUUAUGCCACAUUGUUUGGUGCUUGUCUUCUGUUGUCAGUAAAGUUUAAUGUAAUUGUGUGAAUUUGCUAAUGUACCUCCUAAUGGUGAAUGUAAAUAGAUUUGUACACACCGAAACAAUACUAGUAAACCACGUUUUCAAAUGUAGGUGUUGCUGGAUAGUAUCGUUUAGUGUUUUGGUGACCUGGCAUGGUUGUUUUGUAUCGGUGAGUUAAUAUUAAAAAGUGAUAUUUAAUCAAUAGUCAUUCUAAUGUGCACUUACAUUAAGUAUUAUAUGUGGAAUAUGGAUUUUUUUUGGAAACUGGAUUUUGUCUUGUGUAUAUUUGAUUGAGAAUGAAUUGUUGAUUUGUUAGUGCAAUGCAAGUAACACUGGUGCAAUACAUACUAUUGUGAAGCUACAAAUGUACUGUAUUAGCUUAGGUUCACAUUUGUGUCAUUUUGUUGUACAGUGUAUGUUGUCUUGGCAGGAAAUUUAACUUGCCAUAAAACUUUGACAUUGUUUCACUCAAAUAUUAUGAAUUGAAUUAUUUAAAAAAAAAAAAUACAAUAUGGUGAAA